AUGUUCGAGCAGAAGAUCAACUCCGGCCCAGUUCGUGAGUACUUUGAGACGCUGGGCUUGGACGUAUGGGAUCCAUGGUCCUUUUUCAAGCUGCUGGACUCCGAUGGUGGCGGCUUUGUGGAGAUCGAGGAGCCUUUGUGGAACGCGUUUCAAGGGAAGGAGGGCAG